AUGGAUAUGGAAAAGAAGUCUUCUGAGAAGUCAAGACCGGAAGUCGACCAGGCCACGGGCGACGUGGGCGAAGUCUUGAAUGCUUCGGGUCACAAGCAGGAACUGGAGCGCAAUUUCAGCCUGUUGAGCAUUUGCGCAAUUGGUAUCACUACAGGAAAUGUUUGGGCGGCGUUGGGAGGAUCUAUUGUCAUCGCGCUCUACAAUGGCGGCCCGGCAGGUGUCAUUUACGAAUUCAUUGCUGUCGCAUGCUGUUACUUCAUGAUAGCGGCUUGUAUUGCCGAGAUGGCUUCUGCUAUCCCUUCGUCGUCGGGUGUUUACCACUGGGCUAGUGUGACAGCAGGAGCGCGGUUUGGUAAAGUCAUCGGCUUUUACGCAGGAUGGUGGAACGCUCUGGGUUGGAUCUUCGGAACUGCGUCAAUAUCCUCCAUCCUCGCCAACCAGGUCAUCUCCAUGUACGGCCUCUUCCACCCUGGCUAUGCCUUCGAACGCUGGCACGUUUUCAUCGUCUACCUCAUUAUCACUUGGAUCGCCUGCUUCAUUGUCAUGUUUGCCAAUCGCGCCUUACCCAAACUCACAAACAUUGGUCUGUUCUUUAUCCUAAUGGGCGUCUUCAUCACCAUCAUGGUAUGCGCCAUCAUGCCUAGCAGAAGCGGCAAGGGAUAUGCAAGCAACGAGUUUGUGUGGCGCGACUGGCAGAAUCAGGCAGGUUGGAGUAGCGACGGCUUUGUGUUUUGCGCUGGCAUGCUGAACGGGGCUUUCGCUGUGGGGACGCCCGACUGCGUCUCCCAUCUCGCGGAGGAACUCCCCCGCCCCCGAACCAACAUCCCCAAAGCCAUCCUCGCCCAAUACACCGUCGGCUUCAUAACCGCCUUCCUCUACCUCAUAACAAUCUUCUACUCUGUAAACGACCUCGACUCCCUCUUCACAAACCCUUGGCCCUUCCCCCUCGCCGAACUCUACCGCCAAGCUACAAACUCCCACGGCGGCUCCCUUGGCCUCUUACUCGUAAUCUUCAUCCCAACAUUCUGUACAAACAUCGGUUGCUACAUAACCUCCGGCCGCAUGCUAUGGACCCUAGGCCGAGACGACGCAACUCCAUUCCCCCGCUGGGUCGGCAAAAUCGACAAGAAGUGGGAAAACCCGUUCAACGCGACCUUGGCGUGUGGUGUCAUCAACACGAUCCUGGGUUGCAUCUACAUUGGUUCGUCGACUGCCUUCUCCGCCUUUGUCGGCUCCUUCAUCGUGCUGUCGUCAAUGUCGUACCUCGCGUUCAUUCUGCCCAACAUCUUGACUCGCCGCCGCCACGUUAUCAAAGCGUAG